AUGAGCCAGCAACUGAACAUCAAGUCUGGUGGUGACAAGGGUGGCUUCAGUGGGCACUCGGCUGUGGGGCUGAGGAAGGCUGUGGGCAGUGCGGCUUCUUACCGUGCAGCUGGCAAAGGAGCUGGGGCUGGCUUCGGCAGCUGAAGCCUCUACAUUCUUGGAGGGAAUAGGUGUAUUUCCCUCAGUGUGGCUGGUAACAGCGUUCGGACUGGAGGUUACAGCUUUGGGCUUGGCUCUGGGUAUGGAGGGGGCCAGGCCAGUGGUUUUGCUGGCAGCAUGUUUGGCAGUGUGGUCCUGGGGCCCAUGUGCCCAUCCAUGUGCCCACCUGGGGGCAUCCACCAGGUCACUGUCAACAAGAGCCUCCUGGCCCCCCUCAAUGUGGAGAUGGACCCCGAGAUCCAGAAGGUGCGUGCCCAGGAGUGGGAGAAGAUCAAGGCGCUGAACAAGUUUGCCUCCUUGAUCGACAAGGUGCGGUUCCUGGGGCAGCAGACCCAGGUGCUGGAGACCAAGUGGGAGCUGCUGCAGCAGCUGGACCUGAGAAACUGCAGGAACAGCCUGGAGCCCAUCCUCGAGGGCUGCACCAGCAACCUGCGCAAGCAGCUGGAGACGCUGUCCGGGGACCGGGUGAGGCUGGACUUGGAGCUGAAGGGCAUGCGGGACCUGGUGGAGGACUACAAGAAGAGGUAUGAGAUGGAGAUUAAUCGCCGCACGGCAGCUGAGAACGAGUUUGUGGUGCUCAAGAAGGAUGCAGAUGCAGCCUACAAGGUCAAGGUGGAGCUCCAGGCCAAAGAGGACUCUCUGGACAAAGAUAUCAAGUUCCUCAAAUGUCUGUAUGAUGCGGAGAUCGCUCAGAUCCAGUCCCGCAUCAGCGACACGUCUGUGGUCCUGUCCAUGGACAAUACCCGCGACCUGAACCUGGACAGCAUCAUCACUGAGGUCCACGCCCAGUACGAGGACAUUGCCCGGAAGAGCAAGGCCGAGGCUGAGGCGCUGUACCAGACCAAGGUGAGCUGGGCUGAGCUGGCAUCUGGCCAGCAUGGGGACGACCUCAAAAACACCAAGAAUGAGAUCUCAGAACUCACCUGGCUCAUCCAGAGGAUCCGCUCAGAGAUUGAGAAUGUGAAGAAGCAGGUGAGGUAUGAGAUGUGUUCUUGGGGAAUGAAGGGGUGGAUGUCAGGAGAAUUUCCCUCCCCUGUCAGCAUCUCCAUCAUUAGCAGUACCAGCGGCAGCAGUGGCUAUGGCUUCUGGCCCAACUCGGUCAGCGGAGGCUAUGUGGUCAACGGCGGCAGCUGCAUCUCUGGAGUGUGCAGCAUCCACGGCAGGGAGGGCCGGAACCAGAGCAGCACCACUGACUGCAAGGAUGCCCUGGGGAAGGGCUCCAGCCCGAGUGUCCCCUCCAAGAAAGCCACUCCUACUAACUGCCUAUGUCCUGGCCUUCCGGGAACCACACGUGCUGGCCCCUCUGUUAGAAAAUCUAAGAUCGGGAACGAGAGUUCUGAGAACCCGAGCCUGGACUGA